AUGACCACCCACAUUCCAUGAAUAUGUUUUCAUAAAUUAACGACUGAUUCAUAGCAAAAUUAAUGAAAAAGACUUCAAAUAACCGAAAAAAAGGAAAGCAGCUAUUUAUCGUUGAUUUUGCGUUUUCCUGUGUUUUGAACAAACUACGUCAGGUCUCUGUCGUUGAAGCCUGUUCAAGAAAUUUAACAGGAGGAGACGAGGUGUUAAUAAUUUUUUGUGAACAAGUUUAGAAAAAUUUCGCGCAGCAUAAAAAGUAGCACUUAAGGAUUUCUAAUAUGUUGCCCCGCAGCGUGGAUUUAGUGCGAAGCUUACAUCUUAAACAAUGCUUUAUAGGUCAACAAGCUUUAAAGCGAUUUCAUAGGCUAAUAUUAUUAUCGGGUUAUGGCGAAAUAGUGCCUAUAAAAAUUGCCAGAACAAUUUGCUCCCAUAAAGAUAAGAAAUUAGCUGCGUCCGCAUUUACAACGACGAGUUCUUCUGGUUCUACCCGCGAUUCUUUGAUUACAACGCAAACCAAAACGACAGAAAACACAGCUACCGAGCCGAAAGCAGUCAGUGAAACUCAGCUGGCAUCUUUGAUGUCAGCGGAUGCGCCUACACAAACAAAAAAACUCGAUAUUGAGACAUCAAAAGGCAUUCUAUCAAUAACCACCACUAUCGAAGAUUCAAAAAUAAACGAAAUUGUAUUUGAAAAAACCAAUUCUCUUACAAUCGAUACGCCUAUUGAAACUACGGCAGAAAGUAUUUUAAAAAAAGAGGCAGACGUUAUUCCGACGAUAACAAAGGAAUUGAGCAAGACCACUAAUGCUGUUAUUAAACAAGUUAAUGCAGCCGCAAAAGCUGCUAGUAUGACAAUACAGAUGUCUAAAGCCACAAGUGAUGAACUCUUAACAAAGAAGACAUCGAGCAGUAAAGCUCCGUCAGAAGUGAAGACAAAACCCAAACGCAUCAAAGUUGAUUGUAAUCGUUCCUCAUUGGAACGCAACUUUAUAACACCCGCACGCGCCAUGAGUGACUUCUUGUUAAAGGCUGCCGAUUUAGAGCCUUUGCCAAAAAUCAAGCGACGUUCACCGUACGAACAAGAACCUCCCAUUACUGUAUACUGGCGGAAGGAUGUUGAAGCUAAAGCGAUAGAAGUGUGGGGUUCAAAGGAGAUUCUGCUUAGAGAAACCCUUAAACGCGAGCUUGAACGUAAGACACAUCAACAGAAUAUCUUCACUGUGAAACGAAGACUGCGCGAUUACCGCCGUGAAAUGGGAUAUAGAACUACAACAAUCGAAGACGAACCCGGCCUAAGAGGGAAAUCUGGAAAAGUUGUAUUGAUAGCUAUUGGCAUUAAUGGACUGAAUUUUUUAUUUAAAGUGGGCGGUUGGCUUUAUUCGGGUUCGCAUAGCAUGUUUGCUGAAGCUGUGCAUUCAUUGGCGGAUACCAUAAAUCAAUUAAUUUUGGCGUACGGCAUCCAUAAAUCAACACAAAUGGCCGACCCCGAUCAUCCGUAUGGUUACAGUAAUAUGAAAUAUGUUUCAUCUUUAAUAUCAGGCGUGGGUAUCUUUUGCGUGGGUACCGGUCUAUCAGUAUAUCAUGGUAUUACGGGCAUAAUGAAUCCAGAGCCUAUGGAGAAUUUCCUUUGGGCUCUCUUCAUUUUAGGUGGCUCUUUAGUUUCUGAAGGCGCGACACUUUUAGUUGCAGUGAAUGAAAUACGUCGCGCUGCUAAACUGAGUGGUAUUCCUUUUAAAGAAUAUGUUAUCACUGGCAAAGAUCCCUGCGUUAACGUGGUAUUAACGGAAGACGCGGCUGCUGUAGCUAGUGUGGUGGUGGCCGCAUGUUGUAUGGGUGUAUCUAUUUAUACGGGUUCUCCCGUAUACGACGCUGUUGGGUCUCUUUUAGUAGGUAGUUUAUUGGGGGCCGUCGCUUCGUUUAUAAUUUACACUAAUGUUGCCGCUUUGGUUGGCAGAUCUAUACCUCAGGAACAUUUGGAGCGCAUUAAUUCGGAGCUGGAAAGUGAUAUUAUGAUACGAGCUAUACAUGACGUUAAAGGUAUCGAUAUGGGCAACUCUUUGGUACGUUAUAAGGCUGAAAUAGACUUUGACGGUCGCGAAUUAACUCGCUUUUAUUUCGAUAAACAAGAACUAAGCGAACUCCUAAAGGUUGUCAAAUCUUUUCAAACCGUCGAUGAAUUAGAGCAAUUCCUCUUGAGUCAUGGAGAAAAUAUAGUUGAUUUAAUGGGCGGUGAAAUUGAUCGCAUUGAAAUGAAACUACGUAAAAAAUUCCCUGAAAUACGUCAUUGUGAUCUAGAGAUUCUUUAAUUGUACUCUAAUGGAGAUGUAUAUAUAUAUAUGUAUAUAUAUGUAUAUGUAUAUAUAUGUAUAUAUUUUUGUUUAGUCACCAUCCCAGCCGUUUUCUGUUAACCGAAUUGUGGCUUCUUCUACUUCAGAAGAAAUUACCCUGAAAUGCGUCAUUGUGAUUUAGAGAUUCUCUAGUUGUGCCCUAAUGGAGAUGUAUAUGAAUAUACAUAUAUAUUUGCACAUAUAUAUGUAUUUAUUUUUGUUUAGUUACCAUCCUAGCCGUUUUCUGUUAAACGAAUUAUGGCUUCUUGCACUCUACAUUUGCAACAGCGUACGAAUGUGUACAUUAAUAUUGCCUUAAGCAUAAAAAAACUUGUUUUUUUACUGUU